CACAUGAAACCAAAGCAGAGAAGAAGAAGAAGAUUUUCAUGUUUCCUGACCGGUGACAGGCUAAACCAAUCGAAGUAAAAACUAUGACAUUUGCUUCUGAAAUACUGGAAUAUUUAUGACCUUUUAUUUAGAAAUUAAUUUAACGUCUAAUACUGGAAAAAUGGAGCAGUAAAUGUAAGCGAGUAGCUGUGUUAGCUAACCAACGUGGGGCUACUAGCUAGGUCGCUGUAGCGUCGUUUGUUUGUUUGCCGCUAUCAUGAGCGAAGAAGACGCUUCUGUAUCGUCAAGUAAGGACAAAGACUCCACUCUUCUGCUUACUAAAGACGGACAUAGGUACUAUGUAAAUAAAAGCGGAGUUGUGGACAGUAGAAAUGUGAUAACGCCGCACGAACCGGAGAACAACGCCUCCUACGACAUGGACGAUCCGGACGAAGAGAGCGACGUUCUGGACGCCUCAGAUCCCAGAGACGGCGCAGCUAGCCCGGAGGAGCUCAACGACGAAGAGACCUCCGAGGGCGACAACGCCCCCAAACAGUGUACCUACGAGGGGUGCACGGAGACAACAACGCAGGUGGCCAAGCAGAGAAAGCCAUGGAUGUGCAAAAAACACCGCAACAAAAUGUACAAAGACAAGUACAAGAAGAAGAAGAAUGAUAAGGCCAUGUCCAGUGGGAAACUUGAUGAAAACUCUGAAGAACGUCCUGUGUCUGUGAACAAACAGCGUCUAGGUGCCAUGGGGGACCGUCCAGCCAGACCUUCUCUGAUAGAGCAGGUCCUCAACCAGAAAAGACUGUCACUUCUCAGGAGUCCAGAGGUGAUCAGCUUCCUGCAGCAACAGCAGCAGCUUCUAGCUACACAGAGCCGUAGCCAGUCACAGCAGCAGUUCCAGAGCUGCUGACGGUGGGUGGCGGGCGUUAGUUUUUGUGAUGCAUAAAGCGCACUAAAGAAAUACACUGGCAUCUGAUGUGUAAAUGAAUCGUAAGCGUACACUGAAAGCAUGGAUUUCUUCCGUCAUGCAGAGAGAGAAUAAAAGGACAUUUUGAAGUUGUGCUGAGAAUGGAAGACUAAACUGAUUCAACUCCCAGAGAGUGAAGAUUUCUUCAAAUCACAUACUGACCCUGUAGUUAAACCACGACUGGUGCUGUUUUUGGUACAUUUUGUCCUAAAUUUAAGCCAAUAUUUGUUUUCACUUUUUGCUCAUUUUAAAAACAUUGUGUUCUGUUUUGUUUAGUUUAGUUGUUGAAACUCCAGUUCAGACUGUUUUCCCUGGAAGAAUUGCACCUUAUAGGAAAUUUGGUGCAGUAUUAAUAAAAUAAAAUUGAGUUAUAAAUCCUUAGUGUGUGUGUGUGAGAUUUAACUUGAAAUGCUAUUGUUGUGACAAUCAUUUGUGUGGUGCAUGUGGUUUCCUGCAGGUUGACGACUUGGUUUUGACAAGACUUUGUCUAUUCUCCCUGAACUGUUGCACAAACCUUCAGUGAUAACUGAAUACAGAAGAGAAGGAGGAGGGAUAUACUUUACAAAUGAAACUCUGUUACUGCAUGACCCCUCUGUGUUUAAGUUGUAGUGUUUGUCCCUGAUGAGUAUAUAACAAUUAAAAAAGAUGCAAUAUGAGUUUUGUUUUGUUUUUAAUGAGAAAAAAAAAAAAAAAAA